AUGGCGAAGGUAUCGGCCUACCAGCGGAAGCAUCCCGGUGUUCGCGAACUUGACAUCGCGCUUGAGAUCCUCGGUGUUGGGGUGUUUGCUAAUUCUACUAUCGCACUCAUGAAGAAAUGGCACCGGGCGUGUGACGUCCUGAAGCAUAUCGAGAAGACGUUGAAAUGGAUGAAGCAGCUAGAAGUUUCUCGCCUCGCCAAUCCGAGCUUUGCUGUUGAAGAAGACCCUGAGCUUCCGGAAAAGCUGAAAGCCAUUGGAAUUCUAUCUACCGAGGUACACUCAUUAUCUCUGUUAUUUUCCAUGGUUAUUUACUGA